UUUUUUUUUUUUUUUGGCCUCCGCUGCGAUUCACCGGAGUUUCCGAACGAAUCCAAUUUUGAAGACGAAGUCUGUGCAACAACGGCGAGGAAGAUGAUGAUUUAGAGGCAGAGAUUGAUUGGAACUGCACUGGUUACAGAAGCGGGGGAGAGAGCGACGGCGGAAGAGGAUCGAAACCCUUUCUAGGUCAAGGAAGCUCGCAGUAGUAUCGCUACGUGCGCCGUGGCUUUGCUUCAAGACGCCAGCUCCGGCGCUUCUACUCUCAUCCCCACUGCAAAGGUUCGAUCUUUUGUUUUCACCUUAUUUGCCCUUUUUCCUCUGCUUCCGCUUCGAAAUCUCCUCCUCCCGCCCGCCCUGACGCACCGCUUCAGACGGUUCGCCGAUCGCAGAGUUCGGAUUAGGGUUCCGGAGGCAAUAUGCAAUGUGAUCAUUCUCGAGCUCCUGACCCCGGAAUCUUUUGCUUCUCGAGUCGGGUCCAGUUCUUCUAGGGUUUUGGCCCGACUUGAUUGCGAUUUACUUCAAGAUCGAGUCUUUCAACUAGAUUGGAGCUCGGGAACAAUGCCUUCUAGUGGUAGUUUCCCCCCGUUUUUGGUCUAGGGUUUUGGGUCACGAAGUUGAGAUUUUGACCAGCUUGUUCUGAGAUGGGGUCGAUGAGGCUCGUUCUUGCUCCUUCAAUAUUUUGGAAGCGGCUCAAGAUUUAGUUUAUUCGAUUCUAAGACAACAAGGGCAUUUUGUAGCUCAGAGUUGAUUUUCUAAGUUACAUGGCUGCCGUGCACUGAGAGAUGCCGACAUCAGAGCCUUUGCAGUACAGCCGGAUCAAUGCCAAAGAUCUCAAGAUGCAGAUAGUUAAAAAUCUUGGGCGUGAGCGAUCACAGCGAUAUUUUGUUUUUUUGAAUGGGUUGUUGGCUCAAAAGCUGACCAAGUCAGAUUUCAACAAGUUCUGCAUUCCUAUCCUUGGUUCGGAGAAUAUCUCUUUGCACAAUCAACUUAUUCGCGCAAUCCUUACAAAUGCUUUACAGGCGAAAAUCCCACCCAGAAUUUCCCUUGAUAAGGCUGCUUUUAAGGCUGUUGGAAAGAAACCAUCCCAUGGUGCAAAUGUAGUUAAUCAUGUAGCUGCACCAUCAUCUUCAAAAAACACUGUAUUAACUAAUGGGCACAUCUCGCCGACACCAACCCACAAGGCCAAAUUGUUCAACUAUGAUGAGAGAACCAAAGACCAUCCUGGUGCUUCUCUCACACAGAAUGGAAGAACAGAAGUUGCUUUUCAAUCUUCAGUGUCAUCAGAGAACAGUUCUGUUAGAGAGAAUGGAUUCCUUGCUCCUUCCCCUUUAAAAAGACCCAUGCAGCAGCAGCAAGAUGAUUUCUCUGAACCACCUAUGAAGAGACCAAGGGCAGGAUGCAUUACACCUAGCAAUCAAGCUGAAGCUGUUCGUGAGAUCCAUGGUGCGUUUGGUGCUGUGGCCGUGGAGGAUGCAAAAGAAUUGCGACAAACUGUUGACUUUUACUCCAAGAGAGAUCCUCUACAGGCCCCACUUGGGAUUCCUUUCUGUUCUGCAAGUGUAGGUGGGGCACAAAGAUCUUUCACUUCAGUAACUGAUUCUAGCUGUUGUAGUCUCGGCAUUAGCUUUUACUCUGGAGAAUUAUGCGACACUACGGCUCUGAAGAAAAGGAUGGAGAAAAUAGCAGAAGCACAUGGCUUGGUGGGAGUUGAAUUGGACUGCACUAAUCUAUUAAAUAAAGCCAUUGAUGCUUAUUUGAACCGCCUAAUUAGGUCAUGUGCUGAAUUAGUAGGAGCAAGGCUGAACCAUCCGAGUUCAAACUUCAAGCAGCAAGCUCAGGUCAACCCCAUAAAUGGUGUCCGGCUUGGCAAUCAUACUUAUGUACAGAAUAAUCCAGUGUCUUCAGAGCACUCACAAAGGCAGAAUACAUGCAACUCCAUGUCUGUGGAGGAUUUUAAGGUGGCAAUGGAGUUGAAUCCACAGCAAUUAGGCGAAGAUUGGCCAGUGCUACUUGAAAAAAUAUACUUCAAAUCAAAUGAAGAAUAAGACAGUUCCAGGGUUUACUUUGUUCUGUCAAUUCUUUUAUGGUGGAUCUUUAAGAACCUCGAGAAUUGUUUUAUUUUUUACUUCCAUAACUAUUGGAGCAUUAGCAUGGAGUAGAGCACCAUUCUUUUAUAUAUAUUACUGGUAAGUUGAAGUGGAUCAAAAUAAGUCGGCCUCAGAAAGAGGGAAUGUUGGCUCAUUAUUAUUUGUUUGGAAACCAUAAGGAGGCAUGUUCCACCUGUACACGAGAUGUCAAGCUUUAACAUGGUUCACAGCAUUAAUUAGAGAUCAGUUUUGCAGAAUACUAAUGUAGUGAUGUUGAUUGAUACAGAUGAAAGUCAUGUAGGAUUUGCAGGAGUGACUGUCUGUAACAUUAACUGCAUGAAUUCCUUCAGUAGUUUUAUUAACGUGAUUCCUUUUGAAGAAAAGGCUGUGCCAUUUCAUUACCCUACAUUUCCUAAAAAGUCCCUCCAAGGUCCCAUGUGCCUAUUUUUAUUGUUAUGGGAUUAUAAUCUAAAUUUUAUUUUGGUUUUCUGAGUUUUCAAUAUAUUUAUUUUGUGAAUCAUUUUUCCCUAACUCAUAUCAAUUAGAUUUGCAAUAGUAGCAUCCUGAAGUUUCAUAUCAAUGGUUGUUCUUUUGUGUGAGAAAUUCUUAAAAUACUUGGAGAUAGUUGGGCUUGCACUUGCUAAUCUGUUGACGCACCUUUUCUGACUAAAGCAUGUGACAUCCAUUUAUGUAUAUAGGUUGAACUGCUUGCAUUGUUACCAUUUAGACACAUAAUAGACCAGGAGCAACACUAUCAUUCUCAAAGUUUCUAAGAAACCAUUGUAUAUAAUGCUACCUGUAGAAACAAUUGAGAGUUAAAAGUUUGAAUAUUGGAUUGUUUGAUAGCUUAAACUGUAAAUUUACUUCCUACAAUUACAAUCUUUGAAAAACCUACUACAGUAAAAAGAUGAGGUUGUAAAAGACCAUUUUUUAAUAUUACCUGGAAGGAACUCUCAGAAGAUCUCAUAGCUUUAUCAUUUAUUUUCCUGAUAUCUGUUGUCGUUUCCUUCUAGUACUAACUUGUGUUAUUGUAGCCAAUCCCAAACACAGCUUGACAACGGCAAUAAUGGUUACUCUAUCAUAGUAAUAUGGAGCGGGAUUUUUCUCUUGCGUUCAUGAAUUGUAACAUUCCAUUCUUCCAUGCACCCUUCCUGUCUCUGGAUUCCAAUUAAGUCUCUCGUACUCGUUCUUAGUUUUUUGCUGAUCACAGGUGGCCUUUAUGACUGAACAAAUUCUCUUUGUGCUUACUUGUCUCAUAUUUUCCUCCAAAAUAUCACUUGUAAUGGGGAUGCAUGAUGAUUCUAUUACUUCUACCAAUCACUGGAGAUGUUGUUUGUAUUCUUAUUAAUUAUAGAUACUUUGGUCAUCAUGAAGUAAAGAGCAGCUUUUGCUACACUCAUCAUGUUACUCCUUGGAUAGUUUCUUUCAGCCACACUAUUUACCAACAUGAUCAUCAGAGCUCGACCGAAAUAGAGAGGUAAGUGGAAGUAUCUUGAAGGAAAAAAAACUGGAUUCUCAUUAAGGAUCUUUAUUCUUCAAUUAACUCUCAUAUGCUAACCAUUGUAUAGUUUCUUUAUCUGUUCUUAAUUACAGUUGUUGCUUACCUUUCUCAGUCCUACGAGAAGAUGGAUUCAUGGUUCAAGUUGAGUGUCUGUAAGUAUUUAAGAGACCAUUUUCGAUUUGAUUUCUUAUAAGAUGUUGUUCCUUGAUGACCUGUUUCUAAGAGUUACACUGGUCCUUCUAUUAGUUGAUCCAUGUUAACUUAAUUGUUUGCAAUAAUUUAUUAUUGAAGCAUUACAGAACUUACUUGCAAUUACUGUUUGAUACAAUCUUAGAUCUACACAUCAAUCCUUGGGACGAUCGGUCAUGACCGGUCCUAAGUCCGGAUAAAGAAGGAGAGUUGUAUUAAGUUGUCAGUCAACGUUAAAAUUAUGAUAAAUAUUCAAUGAAUAGAUCCAUUAAAUUAUAGUUGUGAUCUAUCUAUGCCUUCAGAUUGACUUUUUGAGCUAUACAUGUAAACCUGAACAUAUUUGGUAUUUGUUUCUGUAAAAUGGAUGUCAAUAUAAUGGAUAAAGAUUUAAUUGUUGGUGUUGUUGUUGAUCUUGUAUUUAUUAAUUAAUUAAUUAAGUUUUUUUUUCUUUUUUUUUUAAUGGGCCAUCUACUGGGCCCAAUUUGGGGUCCAUUAUAGACUUGAAUGGACGGCCCAAAGCAACCCAUAACUCGAUGAAAGGUUCCAAAAGCCCUAAAUCCUUCCGAAUUCAUGCCGGCGUUUGCUUCUCUGUCCCAUUUUCGUCCUUGAAGGCCGAAAGCAGACGUCGGCGGCAGCGAUCGCAGGGGGAAAAGGUAACUGACGUCUCCUCUCUGAUUCUCUCUCGAUACUCGGUAAGCUCCCUUUCGAGAUCUCCUCUUUCCAUAAUCGGCUUCGAAAAAGAGUCAAACAGCAGGCGUUUGGUGAUCUAUGGGGACGAACCUUGCUGCCGCAUGGAGCCGAUAUGAUUUCGAUGAAACCCUAGAUACCUCACUGCAUCUCGCGGCGGCGACUGCCUUCUCUCCGCCAUCUUCCCUCUCGACAUCCAAAAACAAUCAUCGUAGGCGACGAUCGCUAGAGAAAAGGUUUUGGUGUUGAGAUGUCAAAUGCGCUGCCGCUGCUGAUUUCGCGCCUCUGGAAGGUCGACGAGGUAGGGGAAAAUGGCGCCGGCGAACGAUCACAUGACGCCGUCGAGGAGUUGGAUGAAGCUGGUUCCGAUGCAACUGGAGCUUCCUCCUUUCUGUGUUAUCAAAUAUAUUAGAAAAUGAUUAUAGUUAUUACAAUGUUUUUAUAUAAAUAUUUAAAUCGUGAAAUUUUAAGUGCAUGUUUUAUUA